UUGAAAACUCGUUCGCUAAUUCCGGUUAUUGUCUCGACUGACGAGAGGCUGCGCAAUGCAGUGCGCAUCAGAGACACGCUGCUGAUUCAAUCGGUUGUGCCAGUAAAGCGUUUGAAGAACAAACGGAGACAUGUGUGGAAUCUGGGCUUUGUUUGGCAGUGAUGAGUGUCUGUCGGUCCAGUGCACCAGCGCCAUGAGGAUCGCUCACAGGGGCCCCGACGCCUUCCGCUUCGAGAACGUCAAUGGCUUCACCAACUGCUGUUUCGGCUUCCACCGGCUGGCCGUCGUGGACCAGCUGUACGGCAUGCAGCCCCUGCGCAUCAAGAAGUUCCCCUUCUUGUGGCUCUGCUACAACGGAGAGAUUUAUAACCACCACACGCUCAGGAAGCAGUUUGACUUUGAUCACCAGACAAAAGUGGAUGGCGAGAUCUUGCUCCAUCUGUACGACCGCUUCGGCAUCCAGAAGAUGGCCUCCCUCCUGGAUGGCGUCUUUGCUUUUGUCUUGCUGGACACCGCCAACAGAAAAGUCUUUCUGGGGCGAGACACGUACGGCGUCCGGCCUUUGUUUAAAUUCAUCACGGACGACGGAUUUCUUGCAGUGUGCUCCGAAGCCAAAGGACUUACGGACAUCACCCAUGCAGCAGAGUCCCCCGCCAACAUCGUGGCCCUCCUCCCCGGGCACUUCGAGGCCUUCGAUCUGAAGCCGAACGGAAAGGUUCAGCCGGUCCAGAUGGAGCCGUUUCACUGCUGCACAGAAGAGCCGGCGCAUGCCGUCUACGACGCCGUGGAGAUGCUGCCUGCAAGCUGUGAGGACGAGGCGGUGAGGAGCAACGUCAGAGCCCUGUUUGAGAGCGCCGUGAGGAAACGUCUCAUGGCUCAAAGGAGAAUCGGCUGUCUUCUGUCAGGCGGGCUGGACUCCAGCUUGGUCGCUGCCACGCUGGUGAAGCUGGCCAAGGAGGAGAAGCUGCCGUAUCCCAUCCAGACAUUUGCCAUCGGGUCAGAGGACAGCCCAGACGUCUUAGCUGCUCGGAAGGUUGCAGCCCACAUCGGCAGCGAACACCACGAGGUGAACUUCACUGCUGAAGAAGGCAUCCAAGCUGUAGAGGAAGUCAUCUAUCACCUGGAGACAUAUGACAUCACCACCAUACGCGCCUCUGUCGGGAUGUACUUGAUCUCAAAGUACAUCAAGGAGAAGUCCGACAGCGUGGUGAUCUUCUCUGGGGAGGGUUCUGAUGAGCUGACUCAGGGAUACCUCUAUUUCCACAAGGCUCCGACUCCCAAAGCCGCCGCUGAGGACAGCGUCCGACUGCUGAAGGAGCUCUACCUGUUCGAUGUGCUCCGCGCCGACCGCACCACUGCUGCACACGGUCUGGAGCUCCGAGUGCCGUUCCUGGACCACAGAUUCACGGCCUACUACCUCUCCCUGCCCGAGGAGAUGAGGACCCCCAAGCACGGCGUGGAGAAGCAUCUCCUCAGAGACUCCUUCAAAGACCUCAACCUGAUCCCGGAUGAGAUCCUGUGGAGGCGCAAAGAGGCCUUCAGCGACGGAAUGAUGUCUGUGAAGAAGUCGUGGUACGUGUGCCUGCAGGAGCACCUGGAGUCCAUGGUGAACGAUGACCAGAUGGAGAAGGCUCACCAGACGUUCCCUCACAACCCGCCGCCCUCCAAAGAGGCCUACUACUUCCGACAGGUGUUUGAGAAGCGCUACCCGGGCCAGGCCGAGUGGCUCUCCCACUACUGGAUGCCCCGCUGGGCGGACGCCAGCGACCCGUCGGCCCGCACCCUGGCCCUCUACACGCCCGAUAAAGACCAGUGAUCCGUGUGCGUCCUGCUCGGGUUCUGCCUAUUUGGUCGCGUCCUAGCCGCCAGUGGGACGCUGUUUGUCAAGCUUAGCUUAGCUUUAGUAACCAUUUGACAAACCUGGGGUCGCUUUUAUAGCCGGCGUGUUCUCACAAAACGGGGUCCGAAAGAGGCGAGCGCCACUUCCGACAUUGUGACGUGUAGAAGCAGGCUGCAGGAGGAUGUGUGCACUUGUAGAGGCAGAUGGCGACGUGGGGAACUGAAGCCGGGUUGUAGGAGUGAAAUGUCAUUACAUUGAGUUUUAUUCUCUUUAUCAUUAACAGUCAAACCAGCAGGUGUCUUUGCGCUUUUACUAGUGAGCAAUAACUACAGCCGCAUUUAAAAAAAAAUCAUAAUAUAAAACCAACAAGAAACUCAAAUCAAAUUGUGUUUAAUAAUCUAUCCAACAACAACAACAACAACAGCUGUGAGAUAAAGAAAGACCGAUCACAACCGGUUCUCCUCAAGUCUGCAGUGAACACAACUUCCUUGAUUCAUUUAUGAGGACAGCAUCGAGUACACAGAGAUAUCUAAUCAGCUGUCACUCACGCUGCCUCCUGACUGUAAACCCACUGUAGUCGUAGCGGUUUGUAUUUCAUACAAUACAAGGUCUAAUCUAAGGAUUUCAUUCAGUAUUUGUUAUUUCAAUGUUGGGCUUGUUGUACACUAGUUGUUAAUUUUACUAUCUGAUUCGUAUUGGGAGAAGUGAAUAAACUCUGUUGUACUUUCCUGUGA